AGCACGCCUAAACUUAGCAUGGCUUUGUAUGUGUGACGCAUUAGAUCCUGGAAUGAGGUAAUAGGUGUGUACAUGCAGCAAAUCUCUCCAGUAGUUUUUUGUUCUUGUGAAUUGCAUGAUUAAAUGAAACGAUCUCACUCCUCCGCCGGUCUCAGCACAAGCUUCUGGACAUUAUGCCACUUAAGGAGGUCUGUGAAGGUGUUCCAGAAGAGGAUGGUUUUGGGACGGGGACGGAUAGUCUCUUUAUUUUAGAAAAGUGUGAGAAAGACAAGGAGCCAUGGAAAUCUCUGAUAAAAAGGAAGGUGCGAAAAAAGUGUUCCUGCAGUACUGAUCGAGCCAAAGCCCUGCUUAUAGAUUCCUUCCCAAUAUUGAAAUGGCUCCCACGCUAUCGUUUCAAAGACUGGAUUAUCGGAGAUGCCAUGUCGGGCCUAAUCGUGGGCAUCUUGCUGGUUCCCCAGUCCAUCGCUUAUUCAUUACUGGCAGAACAAGACCCUAUUUAUGGCCUAUAUACAUCCUUCUUCUCCAGCAUUAUCUAUGCCUUGCUUGGCUCCUCUAGGCACAUUUCAGUGGGGAUGUUCGGUGUAUUGUGUCUGCUGGUGGGGCAGGUAGUGGACAAGGAACUUACUUUAGCCGGAUACAACUCAGACACCAAUCUGACGACUCUGGUACUCAUGGACAACAGCACCGGUCCAGUCUGUGACCGAAGCUGCUAUGCAAUCAUGGUGGGAGCAACGCUGACUUUCACAGCAGGUGUCUACCAGGUGUUGAUGGGUCUCCUACAAGUUGGAUUCGUGUCAGUCUUCCUCUCGGACUCUCUGUUGAGUGGUUUUGCUACAGGGGCUUCUCUCACCAUCCUCACAUCCCAGGUCAAGUAUUUAUUGGGCCUCCAUCUUCCUCGGGUCCAAGGCUGGGGCUCACUCAUAAGAACUUGGAUCAGCCUGUUCACAAAUCUGGGCAAGACCAACGUAUGCGAUCUCAUCACCAGCAUCGUCUGCUUGCUCGUGCUUGUACCGACCAAGGAGCUUAAUGACCGUUUCAAGGCAAAGCUCAAGGCUCCAAUUCCCUUUGAGCUCUUUGUGGUCAUUAUAGCUACUCUAGCCUCCCAUUUUGGUAAUUUCAAGGAAACAUAUAGGUCAGAUGUAGCCGGAGAGAUUCCCACGGGAUUUAUGGCUCCACAGCUACCAAACUGGUCUCUCAUACCCAACAUCGCUGUUGACGCCUUCUCAAUAGCCAUCGUUGGUUUUGCCAUUACUGUAUCUCUGUCUGAGAUGUUUGCCAAGAAGCAUGGUUAUGUAGUGGACGCUAACCAGGAGAUGUAUGCUAUUGGGUUUUGUAAUAUUAUUCCAUCCUUCUUCCGUUGUUUCACGACCAGUGCUGCCUUGACCAAGACUCUUGUGAAGGAGUCGACUGGUUGCCAGACUCAGCUCUCAGCAUUGGUGACUGCUCUGGUGCUGCUGCUUGUCCUGCUUGUCAUUGCCCCUCUUUUCUACUCAUUGCAGAAAUGUGUUUUAGCCGUCAUCAUUAUCGUCAACCUCCGUGGAGCACUGCGAAAGUUCGGAGACAUUCCCAAAAUGUGGCGCAUAAACCGCGUGGACACUACCAUCUGGCUGGUAACAAUGGCUACCUCAGCACUAAUCAACACUGAGUUGGGCCUACUGGUUGGAGUUCUGGUUUCUGCGUUCUGUGUGUUAGGCCGAACGCAGGGUGCUCAGGUCCUGCAGCUUGGCCAAGCAGGAGAUCGUGAGGUCUUUGAGGACUUAGCAUCAUAUAAGGGCCUUCAGACCUCACCAGGAGUAGCUGUUUUCCGGUACAGUGCUCCUAUCUACUACGCCAACCAGGCUUUGUUUAAGAAGUCACUGUACCGCAACGUGGGCCUGGAUCCGCUCAAAGAAAAAGCCAGGCGUAAGAAAUUGAAUAAGCAGAAACAGGGUGAAGAAGAACAGAAGCAAGAGAUAGAAGUGUCCACUGAUGUGUUUCUGCUACAGCAUACGACCUUUCACACAUUAAUCAUAGACUGCAGCCCAGUGAUGUUUCUAGAUACCGCCGGAGUUAACGCUUUGAAGGAAGUAUGCAAGGACUACAAUGACCUAGGUGUGUGUGUACUUUUGGCACAAUGCAGCACCUCUGUUACUGAUUCUUUGCGGAGGGGAGGCUACUAUGACCCAAAGAUCGGAGCCAAAGAAAUACAGUUUUACACUGUUAGUGAUGCCAUCUCAUAUGCCCAAAGCUUGAAGUCACAGAAUGGUAAUUGUGACACUUUUGUGUGAUGCUCUAUGAUGUUUGAAUUUAUAAACGGUUUGCAAUGAA